AUGCCCGCGCGACCAAACGUCGACAAGUCAAAGGUUUGCCGUUUCCACAAAGGCCACGGGCAUAACACCGAAGACUGCAUUCACUUGAAAAACGCGAUAGAAAUAUUAAUCCGAGAAGGACACCUGAAGCAGUACGCGAAGAAGCAAGAGGCCGCCAAGGAAGCCAAUCCAGUCGUCAAGGAAAAACCAGCAGAAGAUACGCCCGCCAUGCAAGUGUAUAUGAGUAUCACCAGACCGGAGAAAUUUUACCUCCCCGACUGGGCUAGGGUAUCCUCCACCCCCUCUCCUCACUGCCCAUGGGAAUUCUUCCCUUCUGCUAUGGUCAUCUCCGGAGGAGGAUUCAGCAAACUCACCAUCGGAUCCGUAAAACGGAAGUUCGACGAGCUAAUUUCAGAAAAUUCAAGCAAAGUCGCUACUCUCGACCUCGCCAAGGGCGGCUCAUCCCCCAUAUCAUUCUACAGGGAAGAACUACCGAGCGGAGCACCCAACGCGACCAUUCCCCUCCUUAUCCGGGCUCGAAUGGCCAACUUUGACGUGCGCCGCAUAUUGGUCGAUCAAGGGAGCUCGGUAGACAUUAUGUACUCUCAGCUAUUCAAAACGUUGCAGGUGAACGACAUACACCUCUCCCCUUACAUAGGCUCAGAUCUACAAGGUUUCAAUGGCACUAUGACGAAACCGUGGGGAUUCGUCGAGCUUAUCGUUUCGAUUGGGUCGGCGGAAACCGCGAGGGCCAUCAAAGUCCAGUUCCUAGUCAUCGAUUGCCCCCCGAUCUACCAAUGCAUCUUGAGACGUCCGACGCUGGCCGAACUGAUCGCCGUCCCCUCAACCGUGCAUCUCAAACUCAAAUACUACACGGCGAAAGGGCAAGUCGCAACGCUCAACGGAGACAUCGAAGCGGCCAGAAGGUGUUUCGAAGCCUCCGCCAAGGGCCUCAGUUCUAUAAAAGCGGCCGCUUAG